GCCGAGGAUGAGACACUCCAAAUAUUUACCACUUGGCUAACUAAAUAUCUUUAUUUCCGAACUGGGCUUCCUCUGUCGUUCUUGUAGAUAUACAUACUUUUCGACCACGUAUGAGUUUAGGUGGAAUUUGGCCAAAAUAAAGUGGAGUAUCUGUACGUCCACGACACACGCUUAAAAGUCGACAAAAUGUAUUCCUCUGCUGGAGCUGCUGAGGUGCUUGAGGGACCCCGUUCCUCUGGGUCAACAGGCUCUGACCCCCCUGUUUUAGACCCCCCAUCUUCCCCAGUGCCAGAAUAUGUGUUCAAGCCACCAUCACGGCCGGACUUCGGCACCAUGGGCAGGACAAUCAAGCUCCAGGCCAACUUCUUCGAGAUGGAAAUCCCUAAACUGGAGGUCUACCAUUAUGACAUCGACAUCAAGCCCGAGAAAUGCCCCAGGAGGGUCAAUCGUGAAAUUGUAGAGCACAUGGUCCAGCACUUUAAAACACAAAUCUUUGGUGAUCGAAAGCCGGUGUAUGACGGGAGGAAGAAUCUCUACACUGCCAUGCCCUUGCCUAUAGGCAGAGACAAAGUGGAGCUUGAGGUAACCAUUCCUGGUGAAGGCAAAGACCGCAGCUUCAAAGUAUCCAUCAAGUGGGUGUCCUGCGUCAGCCUGCAAGCUCUGCAUGAGGCGCUAUCAGGACGGCUACCCAGUGUCCCCUUUGAGACUGUCCAAGCCUUGGAUGUGGUCAUGAGACAUUUGCCCUCUAUGAGGUAUACCCCAGUGGGGCGCUCUUUCUUCACACCCUCAGAGGGAUGUUCGAACCCCCUCGGUGGUGGCAGAGAGGUCUGGUUUGGCUUCCAUCAGUCUGUCAGGCCUUCCCUUUGGAAAAUGAUGCUCAACAUCGAUGUCUCGGCCACUGCAUUCUACAAAGCCCAGCCUGUAAUUGAGUUCAUGUGUGAGGUCUUGGAUUUCAAAAGCAUUGAAGAACAACAGAAGCCCUUAACAGACUCACAACGAGUGAAAUUUACAAAAGAAAUUAAAGGCCUGAAGGUGGAGAUCACUCACUGUGGGCAGAUGAAGAGGAAGUACAGAGUGUGCAAUGUGACCAGAAGACCAGCCAGCCACCAAACGUUCCCCCUACAGCAGGAGAACGGCCAGACUAUUGAAUGCACAGUAGCACAGUACUUCAAAGACAAGUACAAGCUCAUCCUGAGAUACCCCCACCUCCCGUGUCUACAGGUGGGACAGGAGCAGAAGCACACCUACCUACCUCUAGAGGUGUGUAACAUAGUGGCAGGACAGCGUUGCAUCAAAAAGCUGACAGACAAUCAGACCUCCACUAUGAUCCGUGCCACUGCCCGAUCGGCACCAGACCGUCAGGACGAGAUUAGUAAAUUGAUGAGAAGUGCCAACUUCAACAUCGACCCUUACGUUCGUGAAUUUGGAGUGAUGGUUAGGGAUGAGAUGACGGAAGUAAACGGCCGCGUCUUACAAGCACCUUCCAUUCUGUAUGGAGGCAGGAAUAAAGCAAUAGCCACACCAAUCCAGGGAGUAUGGGACAUGAGGAACAAGCAGUUCCACACUGGCAUUGAGAUCAAAGUGUGGGCAAUCGCCUGCUUUGCACCACAGAGGCAGUGCACUGAACUCCUGCUCAAAGCAUUCACAGAUCAGCUGAGGAAGAUCUCUAGAGAUGCAGGGAUGCCCAUCCAGGGUCAACCUUGCUUCUGUAAGUACGCCCAGGGAGCGGACAGCGUGGAGCCCAUGUUCAGGCACCUCAAGUACACCUACCAGGGCCUCCAGCUGGUGGUUGUCAUCCUACCGGGGAAGACGCCCGUCUACGCUGAGGUGAAACGUGUUGGGGACACGGUACUUGGCAUGGCCACACAGUGUGUGCAGGUGAAGAAUGUUCAAAAGACAACACCUCAGACCCUCUCCAACCUCUGUCUCAAGAUCAACGUCAAGCUGGGCGGUGUCAAUAACAUCCUCCUCCCACAGGGCAGGCCGUUGGUGUUCCAGCAGCCAGUGAUCUUCCUUGGUGCAGAUGUGACUCAUCCGCCUGCAGGAGAUGGGAAAAAGCCUUCCAUAGCUGCUGUCGUUGGUAGUAUGGAUGCCCAUCCCAGCAGAUACUGCGCUACAGUCCGGGUGCAGCAGCACCGUCAGGACAUCAUCCAGGACCUGGCCACCAUGGUGAGGGAGCUGCUCAUCCAGUUCUACAAGUCCACACGCUUCAAGCCUACCAGAAUCAUUUACUACCGCGAUGGCAUCUCUGAGGGACAGUUCAACCAGGUCCUUCAGCAUGAGCUGCUGGCGAUCCGUGAGGCCUGCAUAAAACUAGAGAAGGACUACCAGCCUGGUAUCACCUUUGUGGUCGUGCAGAAGAGGCACCACACAAGACUGUUCUGUAUGGACAGAAACGAAAGGGUUGGGAAGAGUGGCAACAUUCCUGCAGGCACCACAGUGGACACCAAAAUCACUCACCCAUCAGAAUUUGACUUUUACCUUUGCAGUCACGCUGGCAUUCAGGGUACCAGCAGGCCGUCUCAUUACCAUGUGCUCUGGGACGACAACCACUUCUCUUCAGAUGAACUGCAGGUCCUCACCUACCAGCUAUGCCACACCUAUGUGCGGUGCACCCGGUCCGUUUCCAUCCCAGCACCAGCUUACUACGCUCAUUUGGUGGCUUUCCGGGCUCGCUAUCACUUGGUGGACAAAGAGCAUGACAGUGCUGAGGGCAGUCAUACAUCAGGUCAGAGCAACGGGCGUGACCAACAGGCCUUGGCCAAGGCCGUUCAGAUCCACCAGGACACCCUUCGCACCAUGUACUUUGCCUGAGAGCACAGAACCCCGGGUUGGGUUGGGUGAGACUGAUGAAACACACUACCCCUCGCUAUCUCACUGUCAGCUGUAGAUAGCAUCACAGUGGUUUCACAUCAUGAUCUCCCUACCUAACAGACCUGUCAGUUACCCGUAUGUCUACAAUUGUACUUCAGCCCCCUACCAAGCCAGCUAUUAGACUGUAAGAUGCAAAAGAAUCCCUCUUUUUAGGAGUUUGAGCUGGAAGAGGUUUUAUUUACAUGUUGUGCAUUAGUGUGUGUUUGUAUUAGUUGCAGGGAAAUACGUUGCAAAGUAUGAAAGGAAAAGAAACGUUUGUACACUGAUAGAUGAAAUCGACCAUUUCUAAACUAGCGGGCAGUAUCAUUAUACAUCGGGGUGAUUUAUAAUUUAGAAGAAGCUGUUCAAACUCCUUCUCUCCGUGUCUAUUGAUGGUUAGGGUCUUGGUGCUUGAAGGGAGAAGGAUCAAAUUCAUCAAAAGAUGAGGGGGCUUGUUCACUGUUUAUAUGACUAAAGAUUUGCUCCUCUGACAAACAUUAUUUAUCAGCCAAUCAAAGCAAAGUGCACUGAUCAGAAUGGGUACUUCAAUCAGGACAAAAGUACUUAAUAUAUUGAGGGUUGUGUGUGAUUAUUACUUUUUUUUUUUUUCCCCACAUAGGGCACCAUGUGAUGAAAAGUGCCAUUUGAGACGACCUUUCUGUUGUCACUUCUGUGUAAAACUAUGAAUUAUUAGCCCCACAUCUGCUGGGAUUUCAGUAUUUGUCCUUGAUGACUAAUGUCUAUGUCAAAUCUGGUGAACUUACUAAAAUAAUUCUUUGCAUCAGAUUUGUUAUCAACCUUUAAACCAACUCUUAGUUUGUUCUAGAGUUUUUUUAGCGUUCGUCUUGAAUGAACAGCAAUUUUAUCCUUCUCUGCCUCUCUUGUUAGUAUGAACUGAAAUAGUUGCACGACUAACCUAAUUCCCAUGCCAAGAAGUAGUGUAUUGGGACUGGUUCCCAAUAAGGACACCUUUCUAAUGUACUCUGAGCCGUGUUGAUAAAAGACACAUCAUGUAGAAAUCAACAUAGAGGGGAACUUGAUGAAAUAUUUGUUUUUGUUUUUCCCUUUCGUUUUUUUAGUCUAAUUUAAUUUCAAUCAUUUUUGUAAUGAAUAUGCAUGUAGCUGACUCAUGUUUUAGACAUUUAGGCAUUUGUGAUAAUUGUUUAUUUCUUCCUUUAUACACAUUAACCCGACUUCUAUGUUUUAAUGUAUAUAGCAGCAGAAUAGUGUUUUCUGCAGUGUCUUUGUCAGAGUGGGUUAUUUGUGUGGCGCCUAGAUAUCCAGGCAUUCGGUACAGUGGAGUGAAAGCUACAACAUUUUUAGAGUUUAACUGAUCGAAAUUCCCUAAGAAAAACAAAAGACAAAACAACAAAUCGUGUUUGCUCCAGGAACUGGGAGCAGUCGCAGCACAAAAGCUUGGGUUUUAUGCAAAUGACUUUUUGUGAGUCUUUAUACUAUAUAGUAAUGUUGGUAAUAAGGUAUAUUUUGAAUAAGCUUUCAGUGGAGGCUGCUGAAAAUAUUAUAGAGAUUUUUUUUAAAUGACUGGCCCACAUGUAGUCUAAAUUAACACUAUUUGUAUACAGAUUUUAAAAUGCAAAUAUUUUCUUGCCUUCUAAGACUGUUACAGUCUUACUAAUAAUUAUAGACAUUUCCUAACAUCCCACCUAAGUUUUACUACUUGUAAGUUAAGCUGGCGAAUGUUCUUAUAGUCUUGAUUGGAGGAGUAUAUAUUUUCUAACUAUGCAUAAUUUUUAACCAAGAGAUUUAGCAGUGGGGUAUCUCACAUGAAUUUGGAUCAUUUGUAGAAGUAGAUAAUCAGGUUUUUUAUUUUUUUUUUAGCAUGUUGCAUUUAGUAGCGUUUAUUAGUGCUUAUAAGCCUCUUCAUGCCUUUCUAACGGGAUGAAGUAUUUAUGUGGUCAUUUGUAACAUUGUAGAUUUUAUAGCCUAAAAAAAUUGGGUGUAUCCUUUAUAACACACAUUCUUUCUUAGCCAAACAAGAUUACCAACUUUUACAUGAUUUAAUAUUCAAAAAACGUGGAAGCACAAAUGGACGUCUUGAUUAUAGGUGCUAGAAGUUUUCACUGUAAACCACCUUAAAUCCUCACUGGACUGGUCAACAAGGCUUCUUACUUGUAUAUUAUAAAAAGAUGCCUCAUCAUCUGGAGGAUCUUCUCUCUCUCCCUUUGACGAAUUCUCUGUGUUACCCUUUUUACUCAUUACCUGUAAAGCAACUAGAAAUCCGACUGACUGUGUUUGUGGGGCAUUCUGAAAAUCAUGUACUUGAUAUUUACUGUUAUGAUGUCAUUGUUCUUAUCGGUGCUGGUCUCACAACAUGUAAAUUUGGAUGCACUUUUGAUAGCAGAACGUUCUACAGAUGUGUGUUCCUCAGUCAAAGCGGGAGGCUAGGCCAUAUUGCGAGACACUGGUGUAAUUGUAUGGAAAUGGCCGUGUGUUCUACCUCUUGUUACCUGUUUAAGUGUUAUGGUAACAUCACACUGCUGGCCAUUUCUGUAUAAUUACCCCUGCUAUCUAUCUAAUUGGCAUUGUUUGAGUCUUGCAUUGACAAUUGAGGUUUUUAAAACGCUUGCCGAAUGCGCUUUCUCAGUUUAUGUACUUUUUUUUUCUUCAUAGUUUCACUCAAACUGGUAAGAGAGAAUGUUCUUUUUUCCUUAUAGGGGUUUUGAGCGUUGAGCUGUACGACCAAAUUCUGUGUGUUUUGUAUUCUCUCUCUCUCACACUCACACACACACACACACACACACAGCUUUCCCUUAUUUUUUCCUUUUAUUAUAUGAACCAGUGAACUGACAGAUUGAUUUUCCACCUGAGCAGUAUAACACCAAACUCAAAGCCCACAUCAGGUAUAAGUGCAUAUUGUUGAUUUGGAGGAAUUGUAAAGACACGCUGGUUGGUGCGGUUAGUCAGACUGUAUUGUUUUUAGCUUACAAGUGACUUUAAAGGACCAGUGUGUAAGAUUUAGAGGGAUCUUUUGGCAGGAAAGACAAUAAAUAAGUUAGUAGUGUAUAAUCACCUCCUCUUCCAUUUGCACAGCCAUGUUUCUUGCAGUAGCCCAGAUUGGACAAACCAAACACAGGCUCUACAGAUGGCCUUUAAUGAGUGUCACUGCCGCUGUAGGUUCUCCUACAUUCUUUAAAGAGGAGGGUUAGGCGAGGGGUAUUCAGUUGGUUGCAAUCUGCAUUUUCGCCACUAGAUGCCACUAAAUCCUACACAUAGGCCCUUCAACAAAAAAUAAAUCAAGCACAUAUUGAAGUCCACAUGAAAAGCAAUCUGUAAUUCAGCAAGGCCUUUGAUCAGUUAAGUUGCACUACACAACCAUGUCAUUUUGCCAUCAUUCAUUGAAAUCUUCAAUUCAAGUAUAAGUGACUGGAUGAGAACACAUUAGUCUUAGGUUGAGUUUUGUGGAGACUGAUGUCAGGUGGAGGCCAGCUGUUGAGGCUGCAUGGAAAUGUGAAUGUCCUCGGACAGUCUCACAUUAUGUAGAAAGAGGGAAAGUGAACGGGUGUCCUAAAAUGAUAUUGUGCUGAAAUUCAGAACAUCAUGCUGUCUUUUUAGGAGAUAGCUUUGUACUUGAGUUUUACAUUACCUUUACCAGCACCUUAAAAUAGCAGAUCAGAAUGGCAUCGCUUUUCCUGGGGAUAAAACUCAAACAUUUUGACAAUGUCUUUGCACUAAAUAAGGCUCGACUUUUGUAGCUGUUUCAGCUUCAGGUGGUAGACUGGCAGCCUCUUCUUUAUUUAGAAAGGAGCAGUUGGCAUUGGUGACUUUUCAAAAUAAACAGCUAACAGGCCAGAGAAAACCUCAGUGUGUGCACUUGCCAGUCAGAAAGAAACGCCACCUAGCCAACCAGCAUUCAGCGUGUCGUCCUUCAGAAAUACGCCUUUAAAUGUUAACGAAAGAUUGAAACUUGCACACUUGCGUGGGCGGGUUUCCUUUGUACAGUGAUGUGUGAGAGAGAUGCUUGAUGCAAAACAAACUGACAGUGUGUUGAAAAGAGCUGAUUAGCUGUGGACAGUAAGAUUUGGAUGCCAAGUGCUGUGUGAGGAUGACGUGCGCAGGAAGGUUUGACAUGAUUAGACUGCAACAUGCAUAGAAAACAGUGCUUAAAGUAAGGCAUUUUUAUGCGUCACUCACCACCAUAGGCUAUACAUAUGAAGAUUCAGAAGAGGCUUUUCCUAAAUGAGCUAAAUCAAGACUGUGUAUGGAACAAACACAUGAAUACACCAGCCUGGAUGAAUGUGGCUCAGAUUUACAAGUCUAGUGGUGCCCCAGGUGCUUAGUUAGGCAUUCAAAACACCUGCAGUGGUAACCCUAAUGACAUUACAGGAGACCUUUUCUCAGAUACGUCACCUCUGUUUGGCUGUUUAUGGAGUGGAUAAAACUAGGACAAAGCACAUCCUAGAAAUGGCAGGUUUGUAAACGAAAUGGCAUAUCAUAAGCUAAUUUAAUCAAUCAGUUAAUCUUAUUUUCUUGAUUGCGUUUUUCCUUUUUGUAAGUAGGCUAAUGUUUUAAAUUUCAUGUUGAAAGAAGCUGAGAUAAAAUUCCUCCAAUGUUAAUGAUCGGCCUGUUUACUUUUUUGCUUUUAAAUGGUCUUGCAGUAAAGUAAAGCCGAAUUUCAACCUCUAUCAAUUUCUAAACCAUUACCCUCUGUAUAGCAGCCUCUCUCCUCUCUGCCUCUCAUCCGUCUCUUGUAGAGAAACUAUUGUUGUUAUAAAGAAACCUCUUGUAGAGUAGAACCUAUUUUCCUAGAUCCAAAUAAUAACAAUGAAUGUACUUGGCGCCUGCGUGGUUUGUAAUGUUGUAUAGGCUUUCCAUCCAGUAUAUCUAUACGCAUGUUUGCUUCUUGUGUACAGCCUUUUCUUUUUCUUUUCUGAUUUCUCCUAUUUAAAGACUUUGAUAAUUGCAGAAAGUAUUAUGUUUUCUUCUUUGAUAUCAUCAAUUUUAGAUAUCGCUCACAUCACCGCUGAUAUCGUUAAUAUUUUCACUGAUUUACAGGAGAUAUACAAGUCUACAGCUGAGAUGUCUUUCUCUGGAUGUUGGCUACUGUAGUUUUAGGAGAUAAAUGUGUCACACUGGUGCAAAGGCUAGUCAUCUUUUCUGUUCUGGCGUCAUGCUUGUGAGGUGCUGUAACAUAAGAGCUAUGUGUGUAUAUAUGAUGGUUGCUUUGGUGUGUGAUCUUGUUUGCCGUUAGAUUUUUGGCUUUGCCCAACAGAUUUCAGCUCACUAACUCAUUAGCGCAGUGCCACUUGAAAGCAAAGAAGCUAAGGUUUUGUUUGAACGUUGCUUGUGUUUCUAACUUUUGGUGAUUGUAUUUCUACGCAGCCCUUUUUCCAGAUUUAAAAAGUAUCAUUUAUGAUUUCACACGGCACUCAGAUCCAGCUAACAUUAUUUUCCUGUUCCAAUUCCUAGAUACAACUUUUCUAAAGCAUCACAUUGUCCUUGCCAGUCAGUCUUUAUCAUGCCAAUGUCCACCCAAUUACCUGAAGCCAUGUGACACUGGUGUGGUAACCACAAGGUCUUGCAGUUAAAGUUUGCCUAUAUUAUUGUUAUUGUUAAGGCUGAGUUAUUGAGUAAAAAUUCAAAUGGGGCAUUGGGAGACCCGAGGAAAGAACCAUUACGCCUCAUGUCCACCGCAAGCAGCUACGCCGCAUUUUAGUUGUCACGUCUGGUCUUGGUUUCAGUGUCCCCUGGCGUUUUAGUUUUUGAAGCGUCUUCAAACUGUUCUUCAGCAGCCACGUUUACGUUGUUGUUAAGAGUUGCGGACAUUUUUAGCAACGCUAAAGCGGCUGUACGGAUAUCAAUGUUGGUUAGGUUGGUCUCGACUUAAAUAUCUAAGCAACUAUUUGAUGGUGAUCCCCUGAUCUUUCCUCUAGUGCCACCAGCAGGCAGUAGGCUUUCAUUUGUUUAGUAAAAUGUCUCAACAUCGACUAAAUGGAUUGGCACAAAGUUUUUUAUACAAUCAUUCUUGGUUCCCGGACAAUGAGUCCUGAUGAUUCUGGUGACUUUUCGUCAUGUACCAUUAUCGAGUAAAAUUUUUUAUGUGUCCAAUACUUAAGCAAAACUAAUGACAUUUCUAUCCACCUCAGCUGUACUUAGUGUUGUAUGAAGUGUUAAUUAUCAAAUGUUAGCAUGCUAACACACUAAACUAAGAUGGUGACAUAAUGAUAGCAUGGCUAUAGACAUUUGCUGCUCAUUUAGGGUCAAUGUGGUAAAUACUUUGUAGCUGUAGCUCAUUUUAAUUAGGGCACACAGCAUGCCGUCUUAUCCUUGUGUUUUCUUUUGUGACAAUUUUUGGUAAUUCAGAGACACAAGCUGCUCUGGCAAAAAUAGACCGAAUACCAGAGCAGAGAAAUCUGGUGGGAAUGGGAACCAAUAGUCUCUGGCAACCGCAACUGAGCCAGAACACGACGCAGCUGCGACCGGUGAACAGUUGGGGUUAAGCAUGGGGCUGUAGUAGUUCAUUUGACCAUAACUGUGGAGAACUGAAUCAAGCUUCACCAAACCAAUGCCAUCCAGCUGAGACUCAUGUGGGUAUUUUUGUAUUUUCUAAGCAUUUCUAGUCCUCAGAAUGACUUGGCUUUUUAUUUACCAACUUAGAAAAAAACUACCUCAGAGCAGUGUCAGGUGCUAGCUAAUAUUAGCACUAAUUUAUAACAGUGGUAACAAAAAUCAAAAAUUGUUGUGACCAAACCAAGGCAAGCCAAUAUCGUGUGAGAGCACUGUUCUUUUCUUUAACCUUAAUAAAUGGAAAACCAAGUAAUCGUGUAUGACUGGUUGGUUGCUGUAGUUGGUUACAUUGUAGGGGACCAAAUUUUUGGAAUUGGGAGUCUCAUUGUUUCAUGUGAGUCCUUCAUUUUUUUUCAAAAGACAGUGAAAAAAGCAACCCAGCACAAUCUAGGACUCAUUCAUGUGGUGAAAUAAACUGUAAUCAUGACCGGAUCAUAUAUCGACCAACGUGCCAUCAUACAGUAAUUGCUAUUCACUCUGACAGUGUGUUCAUAUUCUAGUAAAAUGUCGGCGAUAUUGAGGAAUGUUUUGUAGAGGGCGGCGAAGGUUUGUCAGAAAGAUGUAUAUUCAGCAAUAACGUUGGCGUGUGGGCUGUGGACUGUUGGUAAUUUGUUUGUCUCUACACCAGUCUGUCGUCUCGACGCAGGUCGAGACAACACUCAAUAGACAUUUUGGACUUUUUGUCAGCAGGACAAUACUAUGUCUCAACAUUUAGAACCAGCCUUUUGUGUUUUUGUUUCACCCGAAUGUUGAAAUAUUAAGGUUUCAUACUGGAUAGAGCCACUCCACGUGAUCAAAUGCUUACAUUUCUCUUCCGUGUUAACCCAGUACUGCAAUAAAAUCAGGACGCAUGUCCCUGUCUUCUUUUUGGUUCAUAAACGCUUCUCUUACGAUUAGCCGGACUCCACGCCAUUUUUGUUAAGGGUGUAAGAUAUAGUUUUGCAUGCGACAAUUUACAAAGGGAAUAUACACAUUUGAACAUACUUUACAAUGUCUCAGAUCAUUGUAAACUUCAACAAAAAAGGUACAUGUGUGGAAAUUAACUACAGUUUAUUGUAAUUUAAUCUAAACUGAAAACAUCCAGUGUGUUUGUAGUCGUUUUGUGUGCCUUUUGUCGGAUCGCUCUCUCUUCUCCAUCGGCCCCAACAUUGGGUUUGUGAGUCCUUUUCAACAUAAAGGUUUGACAAAAAAAAAUCAAUUUUUAAUUAUCAUGCAUCCUUGCGUGUAGAUGCUGCAUAGAACGAUCAGUAUUUGUGUUUUGCACUUUCAAAGCAGUCUCAAAAAAAUUGCCCACCUGAGGUUGGGCAGAAAGUAAAAUAACUGACGAGGUAUUUUAUGCUAUCAAUAGGAAUUAUAAGGAAUAAUAUGACUUUGAAGAGCUUUUCUAAAAAGGUUGAUAUAUCUAUAUAUAUUCAUGAAGUACCUCAUAAGCCUGAUAUAUGCUGCAUUGACUUAUUUUUUUUCUGUAGUGUACUUCAUAUUGUCCAAUACAUUUUUUAAUUUUCCCCUUUUGGGAGGUUUGAAUGUCACUACAGGCUGUGCACAUGCCACAACCAGUAAAUCCGAUCGAGUUCUGUUGUAACAAAAGGAGUAUGUUACAUCUUGUGGCCAAACGAUGAUGUGUCAUUUAUGCAAUUUAUACGGAAAUCUCAUCAGAAUAUUUCUCAGUUGUAGCCACGUCAUUUCUGUGCUCUGUCUUUUUUUUUUUUUUUUUUUUUUUUUCACAUAUUCUCUGUCUGUGUAGCCAAAAAUAUCGGGUUUAGCUGACGAGGAGUUGACGUGCACCAAGCAUCCUGCGAGACUCUGUGUUAUAACACGACUGUUGACUCAGGUAUUGUCGUGAAAGGGCUGUAUCUGCUUUCUGUGUCCCUGUCCCAAACACCCCCCUCCCCCGGCACCUUUGUCUUAAAAUAGCCUUAGAUCUACACGUGAGGUUCCUAUUUGGCCUUAAAAGUUGAACAAAUUAUGCACUACAAUUUCACAGACUUGACGGAGAGCUCGAUUCCUGUUCAGACACAGUUUUUAUUUUAUUUUUUAUUUGUGAAGAAUUUGUGUCGUUGCCAUGUUAUCUACCUCCUAUGAAUGUAGGGGCUGUCCUGGAGUUGUAGUCACCUGCAAAACCUUUUUUUGAUUUUCUUGCUCAUUGAAGGAAAACAGACAAUCAUCUGUAGAUUCUUGAGAAAUAUAAAAUAUAGUCCCCUAUUCAUUCAUACAUAGAACUGAUUCCAGGACACUCCGUUGUUCUUGAUGUUUCUUUCCCUCAUUGGCCAUUUUCAUUUUAUACAUUGUGCUUUUUAUUUUAUUUUUUCAUUGUAAGCCAUGAUGGAGAAGCAAAGUGACCAAAGUCUCUUGGCAAAGGCAGCCCUGCACAGCUGUGUGAAUUCAAACCUCCCAUCAUUUGUGUCAUUUUGAGCUCAGUUUUGAGUUGUUUUUUUUUCUCUCUCUCUUUCGUCUCCCUUAUUUAAACCACGACAUGCCAAAACUGAAUUUGCUGUCAUUCCUGUUCUGGUGAGGGUCUUUAUGUUGCUCAUUUAAUUUGUUCACAUCCACUGCUAAGCUCCUUGUUGUUGUUGUUGUUGUUGUUGUUAUUGUAAAGUUGUAAGCUUUGAUUUCUAUUUUACAUUUCCUUAUUUUUGUUAACAAGUAUGCUUACAGAACACAAGAUAUGCUGUAAACCCUGUUAGGACAUAAUGUGAAUAUGUAUCACUUAAUAUAGUUCACUCUUUGGCUUGACUGUAAGUUGCGUUAAUUAAUAAAAAUGUUUAAAAAAGA